CUUACCAUGUGUGAUAGUACAGAAUUCACGUCAAUGUCUCGAAAAUUUAAAUUGUUUAAUAAAAAUCAUUCCAAAAUUUAACAAAAAAUUAAAUUAAAUUAUUAUAUUUUACCGCAAAACUGAAUGAAAUAAUCGGGUUCAGACGGGUUGUUGGCUUAUUUUUUUACCCAUUUAAGAAGAACCAGAGGGCAAACCACUGAGAACUGCAAACAACGAAGCGAACUAAACAGCCAUCCCAUCGAGGAGGGCCACACAACGCCACACCACACCUCACUUCACAUGUCUCCUACGGCCUCAGUCAGUUCACCAAACCCGUCCGCCACAACUUCUUUACUUCGGCAAAAAUUUUUCAACCUUAAACAAUGUCCACUAAUUUCAUCGAUUAAGUGGGAGCACUUAGUUGCCGGUGUCAGCGGUGGAGUCAUCUCGACUGUCGUCCUUCACCCUCUUGACCUUAUCAAGAUCAGGCUUCAAGUCAAUGAAGGCAAAACCAGCCAACAACCAUCACUCCAUUCCAUCAACAACAACAACAACAAUGCCCCCAUCAAAACAACAACGACAACAAAUAACUUGGACCCCCUUCCAAAAGUGGUACGACCCCAAUACAAGGGCAUGCUUGAUGCAGGUGUAUCUAUAGUUAGGGUAGCGGGUCUCAGGGGGCUGUACCAAGGAGCUGUCCCAAACAUUGUGGGUGCUGGCUCGGCCUGGGGCCUAUAUUUUUUCGCAUAUAACACGUUAAAAUCUCGGAGGCAGAAUGGAAGGAGGGACAUAGCCCUGAACGCCCACGUCCACAUGUCGAUGGCCACCCAAGCCGGAAUCUUCACACUCCUGACCACCAACCCAAUCUGGGUGGCCAAGACGAGGCUGUGCCUGCAAUACGACCAGACGAACUCGGCCAGGAGGCAGUUCAGCAAGAAUGACAGCAGACACUACAGAGGUCUGCUUGACUGUCUGGUGAAAACUUACAAAUACGAAGGUAUAGCCGGCCUCUACAAGGGGUUAGUCCCGGGGUUGGUGGGAGUCUCACAUGGAGCCCUGCAGUUUAUGGCCUACGAAGAACUUAAAAAAUUUUACAACUCCUCAAAGCAACGUCCUCAUGACGCUAAACUGGGCACAAAGGAGUACUUAUGUUUUGCGGCCAUUUCUAAAAUUUUCGCAGCCUCCACGACCUACCCUUACCAAGUGGUUAGAUCCAGGCUGCAGGACCAGCAUAGAAAGUAUAAUGGGGUUGUGCACGUUCUCAAGGAGACGUAUCGCUACGAAGGCUGGCGGGGGUUUUUCAAGGGCUUGGUCCCCGGGGUCACGAAGGUCACGCCCGCUUGCUGUAUAACCUUCCUCGUCUAUGAACACGUCAUUCAGCUGUUGCAGCAGCAACAACCAUGACGACGAUGAUGAUUGAUUGGUUGGUUGAUUGAUAGAUUGAUUCGUUUGAUUUGAUGGAUUGACUGACUAGUUUAAUGAAAAGUACCUAAUGUUGUCUGAUAUACUUCUCAUAGUUGCACCUACAAUUUUUUUAUAAACUCUCAACAUUUCGUGACCCUGUUUUAAUUAAUUAAUUUAUUUAUUAGGAAGCCAAACAGAAUAAAUAAUUGUAAAUAAGAUUCAACACAUAGACCCGUAUCUGCAGAAUUAUAUAUAUAUAUGUGUAUAUAUAUUUCAAAAUCUCAAAGUAGCAGAACCAAUUUCAAACUUGGUUCGAAUUGAAAUAAAUUGAAAUCCAGCGAAUUUUCAUUCAAAAUAUGGGUUCCGAUAAAUAACAAUUCAAGUAUUCUUUAUAUCAGAUCAGUAAAUUGAAUUAAAUAAUUAAAAUUGUUAAAUAAAAUGCAGUUGAAAGAU